AUCCAUAGAAAUCUUAAUUAAAAAAUAUUGUAGUGUUGGCAGCUCUGCUUGUCAUAAGCCGUGCUCCAAAUUUCCUAUUUUAGAAUUUUUCAUUCCGAUUGCCUUAAAACCAAAAAAUACGUAGAAAAAUGUCCAAAGUCGAUAUGGAAUUAAAAAAAGCUUUUGCAGAGCUGCAAGAGAAGCAAAUUGACACAGCCCAAAAACUGCGUAUAGCAGACCUACAAAUAGAAACUUUAAAAAGAAACAAACAACAUGCAUCUUUCACAGAAAGGGAAAUAUCGUCGCUAGAAGACGGUACAAAAACCUAUGAAUCUGUUGGUCGCAUGUUUGUGAUGGCCCCCAUGGAUCAAGUUAAGGAAAAUCUUCAAAAGAAGCAAGCACAGGCCGAAGAGAAGAUAAAGGUCCUGGUAAACAAUAAAGCAUACUUAGAAAAUAGCUUAAAGGAUGCCACAAAUAGUCUACGUGAAUUAGUACAACAAAAGAAAGAAUCUUAACUUAUUUUAUAAUUUUUAUUGUAAAAUUUUCCUAAAUACAUAUUAUUUUACUUGGCAA